AUGGCUGCCGCAAUCAAAGCUGUCAAUGCGAAGAUACGCUCGAACAAGGUGCUGGAUUAUAUAUGCUCAACACAUUUCUGGGGCCCGGUCUCAAACUUCGUAUCUCCGGCCCAAAUGACAGGCGCCCUAGUGAUAUACUCUGGCACAUUCAUGCGUUACGCCCUCGCAGUAACCCCUAAGAACUAUCUGCUAUUCGCAUGCCAUUUCGUGAACUUCGGCGCGCAGCUGACGCAGGGAUAUCGGUAUCUGAAUUGGUGGAACUGGGGCGGACGCGAUGCAGCGAUUGCCGCGGGGAGGAUAGUCGACACACCAAAAUCGGGCACAGAAUCUGCAGCUGACUCUGCCUCUGGUGCUGCUGUUGCUUCGGGGAAGAAAUCGUAA